AUGGCUACUCGUGUAGAGUCCUUUGGACCGUAUUUUGUGUGUGGUGGGGUAGAUCACCUGGCUCAAGAGUGCCUCGCAUUUGCUGAAAUGAGGGGAAUGUAUGAGAAACAAUGUAAUGUCUUAGGUAUGUACAAGAAGCCUUUUGCACCUUUCUACGAUACCUACAAUCCGGGGUCGCAUAAUCAUCCCAAUUUUAGUUGGAAAUCUAAAAACCAGAAGCCUGCACAGCCACCUAGCACUUAUCAUACACCGUAUCAUGCAUCUUCCUCUUCUAGGAACUCCUUAGAAGAUGCUAUACAUGCUUUUAUUGAGGCACAGAGUAAAACUAAUCAAAAGUUUGAGUCUUUGAUUAUGCAGGAGGUCAAUUCCAUUGUGACACGAAGUGAUAAGUCCUUACACAUCCUAACAACUGAUAAGUCAGAAGAUGUUGAAAAGGAUCAAAGCAAUGAUGGUGCUGAGUUGCCCAAGGAAACCGAGGUAAUAAAGAGCUCAGUUAAGGUACCAUUUUCUCAAACUUUAAAAUCUGGUAUGCGAACUUUGGAUUCUAGUAAUGAAAUCUUGGAGAACCUCAGGCAAGUAAAGAUCAAUCUUCCUCUUUUGCAUGUUAUUAAACACGUUCAUACUUAUACAAAAGUUCUCAAAGACUUGUAUACAGUUAAGAGGAAGCACCAUGUUAAGAAGACAACAUUUCUACUAGAGCAACUUGAUUUGGGUGAAUUUAAGCCCAUUUCUAUUAUGCUUCAAUUGGCUGACCAUUCUGUUAAGAAACCGAGAGGGAUAGUUGAAGAUGUUUUGAUCCAAAUUGAUAAGUUUUAUUAUCAUGUUGAUUUCUUAAUCCUUGAUACUAGUUCAGUUGUUGACUCUAGUUCUAAAAUCCUCUUAAUUUUAGGUAGACAUUUCCUUGCUACUGCUAAUGCUCUUAUUAAUUGUAGUAAUGGUCUAAUGAAGCUCUCUUUUGGGAAUAUGACUCUUGAGGUGGAUAUUUUUCAUAUUGGAAAACAUUCAAUAGAGGAUGACGAGUGCCACCAAAUAUACAUGAUUGACGUAGUCAUAGACGAGGGACUUCACACAACUCAUGAUUAUGAUCCCCUUGAAUAUUUCCUUGUUAAUUCUGAGUUUAAUACUAGUAGGGAUUCAUAUGAUGUUGUUGAUAUUUGUAUUAUUUAUUAUGAAACUCAGGAUUAUAGAACACAGUCUUGGUAG